AUGGCCGCGGCGCCGGGCUCCCGGUUCCUCUGGGCGCUCCUCCCGCCGCUCCUCACCCUUUGUCCGGCGCAGACGGAGCACCCCGGCUCCCGCGGGAUGGGGCUCAGCCUCCACCCGCCGUACUUCAACCUGGCCACGGCAGCCAGCAUCUGGGCGACGGCCACCUGCGGGGAGGCGGCGGCGGGCGGCGGCGGCGGGCGGCCGGAGCUGUACUGCAAGCUGGUGGGGGGGCCGGCCGCUGCCCCCCUGGGGCGCGCCAUCCAGGGACAGUUUUGUGAUUAUUGCAAUGCUGCUGAUCCCAGUAAAGCUCACCCGGUAACCAACGCAAUUGAUGGCACGGAGCGCUGGUGGCAAAGUCCUCCUCUUUCUAUGGGCUUGAAAUACAACGAAGUCAAUGUCACUUUAGAUCUGGGACAGCUCUUCCAUGUUGCCUAUAUCCUUAUCAAGUUUGCAAAUUCUCCUCGUCCAGAUCUCUGGAUCUUAGAAAGAUCAGUGGACUUUGGAAGAACUUACACUCCCUGGCAAUAUUUUGCUCACUCCAAAGUAGAUUGUUUGGAGCGUUUCAGAAAGGAAGCUAAUCUUCCAGUGAGGAGCGACAGCGAUGUCCUUUGCACCACAGAGUAUUCUCGCAUUCUACCUCUUGAAAACGGAGAGAUUGUAGUAUCUUUGGUAAAUGGCCGCCCAGGAGCAAAAAACUUCACUUAUUCCCCUAGUCUUCAAGAAUUCACAAAAGCAACAAACAUCCGCCUUCAUUUUCUCAGAACUAAUACGCUUCUUGGCCACUUGAUAUCGAAAGCUCAACGAGACCCCACUGUAACCCGCAGAUAUUACUACAGUAUAAAGGACAUCAGUAUUGGUGGUCGAUGUGUUUGCCAUGGCCAUGCUGAAGUAUGUAAUGCAAAGAGUGCUGAAAACCAAUACCAGUUUCAGUGUGAAUGUCAGCAUAACACUUGUGGGAAAACCUGUGAUCGCUGCUGCCCUGGAUAUAAUCAGAAACAGUGGCAACCUGCAACGGCUGGGAGCACAAAUCUAUGCGAACCGUGCAAUUGCCAUGGUCAUGCCACUGAUUGCUACUAUGAUGCUGAGGUUGAUCAGCGUCGAGAAAGCUUAAACAUCCAUGGGCAUUAUGAAGGUGGAGGAGUCUGUGUUAACUGCCAGCAUAACACAGCUGGUAUUAACUGUGAAAAGUGUGCAAAAGGUUACUAUCGUCCCUACGGUGUUCCAGCAAGAGCUCCUGACGGCUGUAUACCCUGCAGUUGUGUCUCGGAGCAUGCAGAGGGCUGUGAGGAAGGGUCUGGCCGCUGCUUCUGUAAGCAGAAUUUCCAGGGAGAAAGCUGUGAACGCUGUGCUGAUGGAUUCUAUGGUUAUCCGUUUUGUGUCCGUAUUCCUGUACAUCAUUUUACUUCUCCAAAUCCAAGAGAUGCUGUGGCUGGUGACAUAAUUGAAGGUGGCUGCAAACCAGGGUAUUUUGGCCCCCAGUGUCUGCCGUGCCAGUGCCACGGCGCAGGAGUGCUGGGCGGUGACUGUGAUGAGAACACGGGACAGUGCAGAUGUCGAACUGGAUUUUGGGGGUUUUCCUGUGAUACCUGUGCAGCUGGGUAUUUUCAUUACCCCUUCUGCCAGGUGUGCGAAUGUAAUUUAGCGGGUACCCAGCCCGAAGUCUGCGAUUUUCUCGGGAAGUGUCUUUGUCGCUCUGGGGUAGCUGGACUUCAGUGUGACAGCUGUCAGCCUGGCCACCACUCUUUCCCUGCCUGCCAAGAAUGUAACUGUGAUGCUGUUGGCUCAAUGGAGAAUACAUGUGGUCCUAAAGGUCAGUGUCUGUGCCAUACUAACUACUCUGGACUUAGAUGUGACCGGUGCGCUCCAGGUUAUUACAACUAUCCCAGCUGCUUACCUUGUGAGUGCUCUCCUGAUGGUUCCAAGCACAGCACGUGUGAGCCAAUGGUGGGGCAGUGCGAGUGUCAAACAGGAGUCACGGGGCGGCGGUGCGACAGAUGCCUUUCUGCAGCUGGCAGUUUCCCCUACUGCAAAGGUGUCAACAGUGAAUGUGACCCUUCAGGCAGCGUUGGUUCUCAUUCCGGCUAUUGUCAAUGUCUUCAGCAUGUUGAAGGUCCUACCUGUAGUAAAUGCAAACCGUUGUACUGGAACCUGGCCAAAGAGAACCCUGAGGGAUGUACAGCAUGCCAGUGUGAUGUGACUGGAACACUAAGUGGAGUUGCAGAAUGUCAGCAGGACAAUGGGCAUUGUUACUGCAAAUCUAAUGUUUGUGGAGAUUCCUGUGACACUUGUGAACCUGGUUUUUAUGCUCUGGAAAACAAGAAUUAUUUUGGCUGCCGAGGCUGUCGGUGUGAUGUUGGAGGAUCCAUCAGCCCGGUGUGUACUGAGCCCUCGGGUGGCUGCCGGUGCAGGGCGCACGUCGUGGGGACGGCCUGUCGGGAGCCUGAAAAAAACUAUUUUUUCCCUGAUCUGCACCACAUGAAGUUUGAGAUUGAAGAUGGUACUACUGUCAAGGGAAGGGAAAUUCGGUUUGGCUAUGAUCCUCUGGAAUUUCCUGGCUUCAGUUGGAGAGGAUAUGCCCGGAUGUCCUCUAUACAACCAGAGGUGGUUGUGCCUAUCACUGUGGCUUCCCCUAAGCUCUUCCACCUAGUCCUCCGCUAUGUCAGCCUGGGCUCAAAAACCUCUAAAGGGAAGAUCUCAGUUGCUGAGGGAAAACAUUUUGGCACUAAUUAUACUUGGGCUGCUCAGAGCAAAGAGUUUAUCUUCCCACCCAGCAAGGAGCCAGCUUUUGUCACAAUCCCAGGAAAAAGCUCCGCAGAGCCUUUCUCACUGGUUCCAGGCAUGUGGACUGUCAGCAUAAUGGCAGAGGAAGUCCUCUUGGAUUAUAUGGUGCUGUUACCGAGUGACUACUACGAAGCAUCCAUCUUGCAGAUACAAGUUACAGAGCCUUGCACCUAUUCAGGACGUGCUUCAACAGAACACUGCUUGCUGUAUCAGCAUUUACCAUUGGAAAGGUUUUCCUGCGUCCUUGGUUCAGAGGCAGCGUAUUUCAGACAUGGGGGAGAGUACGGAAGAAUCCCUGUGCGACAGCCAACUCCUGAUCAACCAGUGAUGACCCAUAUCAGCGGAAGAGAGGUCAAUUUACAGAUGACCAUAAAUGUACCUCAAGUCGGUCGCUAUGUUCUGGUUUUUGAAUAUGCCAAUGAAGACAAUCAGUUAUACACUGCCGAGGUAAUAAUACAUAGCCCUGGACCUGUCACUGAAGGCAGAGUGAGAAUAUAUAGUUGUAAAUACAGUUUCCUUUGUCGCAGCGUUGUAGUUGAUGACAGGAAUCGCAUUGCAGCCUAUGACCUUCUAGCAGAUACAAAGAUACAUCUUAAGGCAUCGUCAAUUAAUUUUCUUCUGCACAAGGUUUGUAUUAUAUCAGCUGAAGAAUUUUCUCCAGAAUAUGUGGAUCCUAAAGUACAGUGCAUAGCUGCUUACAGGAGUACCCCUGAUGGAAGUGCAACAUGCGUUCCCUCAGUGUAUGAAACGCCACCAGGAACUUUGGUUUUAGAUGCGUUUAAGGAUGGGGAAAUUUCUGAAGUACGGAGAAAUAUACUCUAUGAUCCACUGAGUGCCCCUUUACCGUCUGAAUCAGUUAAUGGAGUCACCUUGACACCGUUACAGAACCAGAUUACCUUGGGUGGCAGAGUGCCCCGCUUGGGCAGAUACGUGUUUGUGAUACAUUUUUAUCAGCCAACACACCCGGUGUUCCCUGCGCAAGUGCGUGUGGAUGCAGGACGUGUGUGGUCAGGUUCUUUCAAUGCUUCAUUCUGCCCUCAUACCUCUGGCUGUCGGGAUCAGGUGAUUGCAGAAAACCAAAUUGAGCUUGACAUUUCUGAACCUGAGGUCUCUGUUACAGUGAUGAUACCUGAUGGAAGAAUGCUGGUUCUGGGAAAUGUCUUAGUUGUUCCAGCAGACACCUACAGUUACAAAAUUCUUGACAAAAAGACAGUGGACAAGUCAUUUGAUUUUAUCAGCCAAUGUGGAGGAAACAGUUUUUAUAUUGACCCAGAAGAAUCAUCGGCCUUCUGUAAGGACUCUGUAAGGUCACUAGUGGCUUUCUACAACAACGGAGCCCUGCCAUGUAAUUGCCAUAGCGCAGGUGCCAUGAGCCCUACUUGCAGCCCCCUGGGAGGACAGUGUAUUUGCAGACCUAAUGUCAUCGGUCGUCAGUGCAGCCGAUGCCAAACUGGCUACUAUGGAUUCCCAUUCUGCAAGUUAUGCAACUGCGGGCAGCGUCUUUGUGAUGACAUGACUGGUAAAUGCAUUUGCCCUCCGCAAACUGUGAAACCAAAAUGUGAAGUCUGCGAGAAACAUUACUUCAGCUAUCACCCUCUUGCUGGCUGCGAGAGCUGCAACUGUUCAGAAAGAGGAGUCGUUAAUGUGGCAAGCCCAGAAUGUGAAAAAACCAACGGGCAAUGCAAAUGCAAACCAGGAAUAAAAGGACGGCGGUGUGAUCAGUGUGCUCCUGGUACUUACGGUUUCCCAAACUGCGUGCCGUGUAACUGUAACAGAGAUGGAACAGAACCAGAUGUUUGCGAUCCCCAGACAGGAAUUUGUCUCUGCAAGGAGAAUGUUGAAGGUACAGAAUGUGACACUUGCCGACCAGGAUCCUUUUAUCUGGACCCUUCUAAUCCCAAGGGAUGCACCUCUUGUUUUUGUUUUGGGGCAACCAGCCACUGUCGCAGCACAGAUCGUCGUAGAACCAAGUUUGUGGACAUGAGGAACUGGCGCUUGGAGGCAGUGGAUGAAAAUAUUGACAUUCCAGUCACUUUCAAUCCAGUCAGUAAUAGUGUAGUUGCUGAUGUUCAAGAAUUGCCUACUUCAGUGCAUAGUUUAUACUGGAAAGCACCACCAUCUUACCUGGGAGAGAAGCUUUCUUCAUAUGGUGGCUUCCUAAGUUACCAAGUGAAAUCUUUUGGCUUACCUAGUGAGGGCAUGGUUCUUCUGGAUAAGAGACCUGAUAUACAACUAACAGGCCGGCAAAUGAAAAUUGUUUAUAUGGAUCCCAACAACCCACUGCCUGACCGUCAAUAUUAUGGCCGUGUGCAGCUAGUUGAGGGAAACUUCAGGCAUGCCAGCAGCAAUAACCUGGUAUCCCGAGAAGAACUGAUGAUAAUCCUGUCUAGACUAGAUGGCUUACACAUCAGAGGCCUUUACUUCACGGAGACUCAGCGAUUAACCCUUGGUGAGGUUGGGCUGGAAGAAGCCACCAGCGCAGGAAGCGGCAGCGUUGCAUACAGUGUAGAGACAUGCUCCUGCCCUCCGGAGUACGCUGGUGACUCAUGUCAGGAAUGUGGCCUUGGAUAUUAUCGUGAGAAUAAAGGAUUAUUUAAUGGACGCUGUGUCCCCUGCAACUGCAAUGGAAAUUCAAAUAGGUGUCAAGAUGGUACUGGAAAAUGUAUUAACUGUCAGUAUAAUACUGCUGGGGAGAAAUGCGAGCGCUGUAAAGAUGGUUAUUUUGGAGAUGCCACUCAAGGUUCCUGUCGGGUGUGUCCUUGCCCUUAUACAAACAGAUUUGCAACCGGCUGUGUGGCAAAUGGUGAAGAAAUUCAGUGUCUUUGCAAAGAAGGCUAUACCGGCGUUCGUUGUGAACGCUGCGCUCCAGGAUAUUUUGGAAAUCCACAAAAAUAUGGAGGCUACUGUCAGAAAUGUAAUUGUAAUAAUAAUGGACAGCUGGCUAGCUGUGACCGCCUGACUGGAGAAUGUUUCAAUAACGAACCAAAAGAUGUGGAUCCCAAUGAAGAUUGUGACCCUUGUGAUAGCUGUGUAAUUACACUGCUGAAGGAUCUGAGCACAAUAGGUGACGAGCUUCAGCUGAUUAAGUCUCAGCUGCAAAACGUCCAUGCGAGUACCCACACACUGGAGCAGCUGAGACAUCUGGAAACACGCAUCAAGGACUUAAAGGUCUUAUUGAACAAUUACCGUUCUGUUGUUCGUAAUCAGGGUUCAAAGGUAGAUGAGUUGGAGACAGAAUUCAUUAACCUAAAUCAUGAUGUAAAUGCUCUCCAGGAAAAGGCUGAAAUGAACUACAAAGCAGCUGAGAUAUUAUUUAAUAAUUUUGGCCAAACUCAUCAGAAAGGAAAGGAUUUGGUUUCACGAAUACAAAUAGUUGUUAACAAUAUACAAGUGCUUUUGGAACAAAUAGAUGGUACAAAUGCAGAAGGUAACAACUUGCCCUUGGGAGAUGCUGCCAAGGAACUGGCUGAAGCUCAACGCAUGAUGACGGAGAUGCGAAACCGCAACUUUGGCCAGCUUCAAGCAGAGGCGGAGAAGGAGAGAACAGCAGCUCAGCUGCUACUGGCACGUAUUAAGAAUGAGCUACAAAAGUACCACCAAGAAAAUCAUGGGCUUAUUAAAAUUGUGAGGGAUUCAUUAAAUGAAUAUGAAUCCAAAAUCACUGACCUUCGUGCAGCUCUGAAUGAAGCAACAGGACAAAUCAAGCAGGCUGAAAACUUAAACAGAGAUAAUGGAGUUCUGUUGGAAGACAUUAAGAAACGGAUUGAGGAGACAAAUAUACAACAGAACAGUAUCCUGGAUAUUCUGAGCUCUGCUCGAUCUUCUCUGGCACAAGCUAACAGUGUACUUGGAUUAUUGCAAAAGAGCAAAGAGGAAUAUGAAAGCCUGGCUGCUCAGCUGGAUGGAGCAAGGAAGGAUAUGAAGGAAAAGCUGACAAAUCAGUCCUUGUCAGCAAGCAAAGAACCAUUGGUGGUGAGGGCUGAGGAACAUGCCAAAUCUUUGCAAGACUUGGCAAAACAACUGGAAGAAAUAAAGAACAGCGCCAGGAAGGACGAGUUGGUAGGCUGUGCUGUGGAAGCUUCUACUGCCUAUGACAGUAUUAUUAAUGCCAUCAAAGCAGCAGAGGAAGCAGCCAACAAAGCUGGGAAUGCAGCUGACUCAGCUUUAUCGACUGUGAAGAGAGAAGACCUAUCAGGAAAAGCUGCAAAGUUAAAAACCGAGAGCAGUACACUCUUGAAUCAAGCACAGGAGACUGAAAGGACAUUGAAAGCUAUUGGUCCAACCCUUGAAGACCUAAAGCAAAGACUUGAUGUCGCUGAUGCAAAGAAGAAUACACUGCAAAUUGAUCUUGUCACUCUUCAAAAUAAUCUCAAUGGGAUAAACAGAGAUGACAUUGACAGCAUUAUCACCAAUGCAAACAACAUGGCAAAAAGUGCCGAGGAUGUCACAGAUAAUAUAUUGGAUGAACUGCUCCCAAUUCGAGUAGAUGUGGACAACAUGAAGAAUACCUAUGGAAACACACAGAGUGCUGGCUUCAGUAAAGCGUUGCUGGAGGCAAAUAAUUCAGUAAAAAAAUUGACAAACAAACUCCCAGAUCUGUUCAGCAAGAUCAAGAGUAUCAACCAACAGCUGAUGCCAAUAAGCAACAUCUCUGAGAACGUAAAUCGCAUAAGAGAGCUGAUUCAGCAGGCAAGAGAUGCUGCAAAUAAGGUUGCUAUUCCUAUGAGGUUUAAUGGCAGCUCUGGUGUAGAGGUUCGACCUCCAAGCAACCUUGAAGAUCUGAAAGGCUAUACUUCACUUUCUUUCUUUCUCCAAAAACCUCGGACACAAGCAGACAUGGCAUCAAAUAAUUUUGUACUGUACCUGGGUAAUAAAGAUGCUUCCAAGGACUAUAUUGGUAUGGCUGUGACAGGUGGUCGACUCACUUGUGUCUACAACCUGGGAGGUGGCGAUGUAGAAUUAGAUGUGCAGCCAUUUGUGACUCAAAGCGAAACUGAGGAAGCCAUUAUGGAUCAAGUUAAAUUUGAAAGGAUUUACCAGUAUGUAAAGCUGAAUUACAUUGAAGCAGCAACAUCAAAUUCUCCAAAGCAUGAAAAUCCUUUGACUGCAAGCAGUGGAACCAAUUACACUCUCCUAAAUCUUGAUCCCAACACUGUUGUCUUUUAUGUUGGAGGAUACCCACCAGAUUUUAGGCCUCCACGUAAGCUAGACUAUCCUCAUUAUGAAGGCUGCAUUGAAUUAGACUACCUAAACGAGCAUGUUAUCAGCCUUUACAACUUCAAGAGGACAUUUAAUCUCAAUACCACUGAAGUACAACCCUGCAGAAGGUAUAAAGAAGAGACUGACCAAAGCUAUUUUGAAGGCACUGGUUAUGCCAGUGUCACAUUGAAAGAACCAAAUGCCCACGGCCAAGUACGCUACGAGCAGACAAUUGAGACUACUGCAGAUGAAGGCAUUGUGUUUUUUGCAGCAAAUGGGGAUCAGUUCAUCAGUGUGCUCAUUAAAGAUGGUCAUACGGUUUUUAGAUACAAAGUUGACUCUGAGCCUCCAAAAGAAAUUGAAAACAACAAAACUAUAAAUAGUGGAACAUAUGAACAAAUUCAUUUGGUGCUUGCCCGAAAAAAGAACACUGUUCAUGUCAGUCAUAAUAUUAUAGCCAACAUAACUGUCUUCCCUUUCACUACAUAUUACCUAGGUGGAAUUCCACUUUCUCUACGGGAACGCUUUAAUAUAUCCACACCUCCAUUCCGGGGCUGUAUGAAGAAUGUGAAAAACCCCAACACUGCAUCUGUUAUUUUUGACAAGACUGUUGGUGUCAGCAAGAAAUGUUCAAAUGACUGGAAGCUUGUCAGAUCUGCAGCUUUCUCCAAGAAGGGAACACUGAGCCUGAGUGCGGCGGGUUUCCCAUUUCCUAACGAUUUCCAAGUUGGCUUUGGCUUUCAGACCAUGGCAUUGACUGGAACACUCUUAAAUUAUGAUCUAUCGCCUAAUAUUCUUACCAUCUUUCUGAGACCUGGCAUUUUAACUGCAAAGAUGGGAGAGACAAAAAUUGAAGUGAAAAAUAAAUAUGAAGAUGGGUCAAUGCAUUAUGUGACAGUAAUAAAAAUACAAAACAAAGUAUAUCUGCUGGUUGAUGAUAAUGUGGCGUCAGCAGUAGUUAACUCUCAAAGAGCACAGGCAUUAAUCAAUCCUAUAAAAUUUGGUGGAGAAGAUUUUGAAGGUUGCAUCUCAAACAUCUUUAUAAAAAGGGAAGGUCAGCUCCCUGAGGUUCAAAAUCUUGUUAAUUAUACUGCAAAGACUGGUGUGUCCCUCGGAGCUUGCCACAAAUACGAGAACCUUCAACCACUGCUGCUGAAAGAAUUUAAAAAUCCUCUCAGGUUUAAGAUGCUCAAGAAUGAAAAAUACCUUGAUUAUUUGAAAGCCUCUAAUGUGCAAAACCAGCAAAACCACACUUCACCAACUUGGUUAAAUGUCAGCAGUGAAGCGUAUCUCCUUGGAAACACACCCAAGAGUUUCAUGUCCUACAUGUUUUCUCCACCAUCAUCUACAGACAGGUUACAUUUUUCUGUAGAUGUACGGACUCGAUCAUCAAGAGGGUUAAUAGUUUUCAUGGAGGAAAAGUCUGAGGACUCUUAUAUGGCUCUCCACAUUUCAAAAGGACGUUUUGUCUUUUCACUUGGCUCUGGAGGAAAACGAAUCAAAAUCAAAACCAGUAUUAAAUACAAUGAUGGGCAAUGGCACACUGUUGUCUUCAGCACAGAUGGGAAGAAUGUCCACCUUGUUGUUGAUGGUCUAAGGGCCCAGCACGGAAGAUUAGCAACAAAUUCUGCCAUCAGCAUUAAGCCACCAAUCUAUGUGGGAGGGCUGCCAUCACUGAAAGGACAGAAUAUACCAACGAACAGUUUCAAGGGUUGCCUGAGGAAUUUUAAGAUGAACGGAAAAGUCAUGAAUGCACCUCAGCAAAAAAAUGGCAUACUUCCAUGUCUGGAUGUUCCCAUGGACACAGGGAUUUAUUUCUUUAAUGAAGGAGGAUAUAUCACCAUUGGUAAUUUGCUGAUGGGCUCGGAUUUUAAGAUUGUAUUUACUGUUCGACCAAGGACUUCAACAGGUAUACUCCUCCAUGCUGGAAGCAAGGAAAACAACUACUUGACUAUUUACAUGGAAGGAGGAAAGAUCAUUGCUGCUGGAAAUAGUGGUGCUGGAGAAUUCCAAACAUCAGUCACACCUAAGCAACCUCUGUCUAAUGGACGGUGGCAUACUAUUGCAGUCUUUCAGAAGAAGAACACAGUGCAGCUAGAGGUGGGCACGCAGAGUAACUAUACCACUGGACUCCUACCUUCUCCUCCAAGACUUGUUCAUCAGCCACUCUACUUCGGCAAAAUUCCAGCAAAUUUGGACACACUGUGGCUUCCAGUUAAAGACCCAUUUUUUGGCUGUCUUCGGAAUAUUAAUAUCAAUAACAAACAUGUCUCCACCAGGAGUAUUUCAGAGGUUCAUGGUGUAGUGAGUUUGCAUGGGUGCCCGGUGAAAUAACUUGGCUGUUACAGUAGUACAUGCACCAGGCUGGGUCUGCUGAAAUACUGUGUGAGUUCAUGCAACGUGGGUUCCCCCUUUGCUGAUCACGGUGUGAUGGUGUCAUCAGGCUGGUUAUUCAGAAGAGUUGGUGAGGAAACACAUCCUCUGGAUGUGGACUGCACCAAAGCAAAUUAAGAGUCUUUGCUUUGAUAAAACUCUCUUUUAAAUGUUAUUGAUUUCCAAGGUAAUCCGUCGUGCCUUUUGAAAUAUAUGCAGAAAAUAUAAUUGUAUAUACCGUACUGGGCCAAAUUCUGCUCUCACCUGCAACAGCAUAGACUUGAGUAACUCCAGUGUCUUAAUUUUGGAAAUUUGCCUUAAUGCUGGUCAUCUUGAGAGCAAAUUUGAUCCACUAAUAUAAAGAAUUUUAUAAAAUAUAAAUCUCUUUGGAUUGAUGUUUAUACAGAAAUGUACAUUAAUGUUAAAAGUAAUAAUAAUAAUAAUAUAAAUGGAGUUUGAAGCACUUUAAGGAGUGAAACUCUGGGAGUUUGUUACAAUGCUAGGAAUUCUGGGGCCAAAUAAAUGCAGUAUGUUCUUAAAACCAUCCAUUUUCUUGUUUGGUUCUUUUAACCAGGUG